CACAUGGGAUGGGAUGUGAUUAGUGCCGUCGUGGCACGGCUGUUAGCCGCCUAUCCGGUUUAUUCGAUACUUUUGAGCAUCUUAUCCAUCCUAGUUCUCAGUUCAGGACUUGUGCACAUUCGUUUAGAGCCAGAUAUUCGCAAAGCCUUUUCACCGGAUGAUUCAGAUGCUGGAUAUGAAACCCGUGUCUGGCUGGAAUACUACGGACUCGACAUCUAUCCGGAACGAGCAUUCUGUAUUUUUACCGCCAAGCGCGAAAAUUCCAGUAUUCUCCAGGAAGGCGCACUGGCAGACAUUUAUACUGUGGACAAUCGACUAUCGGCGGCAGUUGGCUACCAAGAUGGGGAUGGACGAAAAAAUUGCGAUCCACUCUGCGACUUGAACAGCCCCUUUCACUUGUUAGCGAAUUUGACGCGGAGAAACAAUGGUACCACAAGUGUAUUCACCUAUCCGGAUAUGCCAUAUAGCGGACUGGAUAUUUUCCUGGGACUUCACUUGAGUAAUGCGGAUUUUGAACCACCGACCGAGAGGAUCAGCUCCAAAUCCUUGGUGCUGUGGUAUUUUUCGAGGUCUGAUACUCCAGAAGGAAAAUUGGCGUUUAAGGACGCAAUCGACGAGCUCUUCCAACUUUCCAAAAACUCCUCUGCCUUCGAGCACGUUCAGUUCACCAUCUUCAGUGACCAAGUAGCAAAUCGUGAAAUGAUUCGAGGAGCCAUUGAAGCUACCACUCUAAUGACAAUCGGAUUCUUCCUACUUCUGACUCAGGUCAUCAUUGUCAUUGUCCGCCUGUCAUCUGUCAAAAUGGCAUUCUAUCUGGUUGCCACAUCAUUGCUCACUCCGAUGGCUGCAACUGUCGCCUCGUUUGGAGCAAUUUGUUGGAUGGGCUUCCCGUCGUUCUCUAUUCAAUGUGUUACGCCGUUUUUGGUACUUGGAAUUGGAGUUGAUGAUGCUUUUAUUCUACUUCACAGAUGGAAACAUCAUAUUGCAAUUACUGACACACCUCGCCGUUUGGAACAAGUGAUUGUCGAUGUUGGACCAUCGAUUACAAUCACCUCACUUACCAAUAUUAUUGCUUUUGGAAUCGGAUUCUUGACGCCAACGCCUCAGAUGUCCUUGUUCUGCCUAACUGCCUCGCUCGCCUUGCUCCUCGACUACAUCUUCACCUAUACGAUCCUAGCUCCAAUUGUAUUCCUCUGCAACGACCCAGAUUACAAAUCCAUCGCCAAUGAGACGGAGCCAAAAAUUUCCCGAGCCGACACGUGGCUCUCCAAGUACUCGAGCUUCGUGUGCUCCGUGAAGGGGCGUGUAGCGUGCAUUAUGGUGCUCCUUGGGAUGUAUGCGUUGACAACUUAUGGAGUAGUCACCAUGAAAACGACCUUUGAACCUGCAAAGGCAUUCCCAUCAAAUUCGAAGCUGGUGGAUUCGUUGUCGAAUAUUAAGCCAGUCUUCAACCGUUACUUUCCUAUUACAGUAAUAGUGAACAACCCUCCAAAUAUCGAGAUCAAAGCAGAGUACGACUCUUUCAACAAUAUGAUGGAUCGGCUCGAGCACGUGCCAGGUAUUCGUGGAGACAAUCGAAGUCUGAUUUUUCUUCCGCAAUAUGUGAAUUUUGAUAAGACGAUGAAUAUUUUAUCCACUCUGGUUGGAGAAAAAUACCGCCCAUCUUAUGAUAAUCUUCCGACGUGGAUGGAUGCGAUCGGGAACCCUCCACUUGUAAAAUAUCACAUGGGAGAUGAUAAUAAAACAAUUGUCACAGCGUUCCGUCUGACACUUCUCGGUAAAGGAAUGUCUGAAUGGGCAGAAAGAGCACGUGCAAUGCAACAUAUCCGAACAAUUCUUCAUGAAGAAAGUCAAUUCAACGCUACACUCUUUGACUGUGACUCUGCAAUUCUCAGUAUCAUCCUGACUGUUGGCACUGACUUAAUUGGAUCGAUUGCGGUUACGGUAGUCUGUAUGGCAAUCGUUUGUUUUGUGUUUAUUGCAAAUUUUAAUGCAGUUGCUGUGAUUACAUCUGUUAUUGCAAGUAUCUGUUAUGUUCUCGUCGGUGGUCUCUCCCUUUGGGGUGCCGACCUGGACCCGGUAAUCCAAGUGGACGUCCUUCUCGCCACGGGAUUCUCGGUCGACUACACCGCUCACGUGGCCUACAACUUUUUUCGUGCACGUGGCACUCCACAAGAACGUGUCUACAGUAGUCUGGCAGAAAUGGCAAUGCCAAUGUGUGAAGCCGGACUGUCGACAUUCCUAUGCAUGCUUCCGUUGAUUUUUGUGCCAACUUAUGCAAUCGUGUGCUUUGCUAAGACCGUUUUUUUGGUCGUUGCUAUUGGUCUCCUCCACGGUCUCUUCAUUCUGCCCGUCAUUCUGGCGCUCUUCUCGAAAGACUCAAUCAACGAGAAGGACAAUAUUCCGGCGGCAAUCACAUUCUCAGCGGCUGAACCACUCGUCGACAAAGAUCUUAACGCCGUCUAAACCUUUGCAAUCGCGCCCCCCCGCUCUUUUUCUAAAAAAUUUGAAUUUCCUUUAUGAGACGUGUAGAAGAAAACUUAUAUACUUUUUGUUUUGCCUAGUCGUUUUUCCUGUUUUUCCCCACCUGUACAAAUAAUGUUAACGCGUUCUGUUGAUACAUAGUUUGUUCAAUAGAGCGCAAUUGCACCCAUCCACAUAUCAUAAAUGUUUAACUUGU